CAUAAUACAACCGAAUUUCUUUACAAACAAGUCUGUUUUUUUUCUAUGCAAGUUAUUUUCAAAAUUGCUGCAUAUCGCCCAGGCUUUGGAUAAUUUUACACGGUCGUGUGCUGGUUGGUGUGUUGCAACCUACGUGUUGGGAAUUGGCGAUCGUCAUAAUGAUAACAUACUUGUAACUACUGCUGGCCAUGUUUUCCACAUCGAUUUCGGGAAAUAUAUGGGUGACUGGCAGACAGCUGCUGGUUUCAGAAGGGAAAGCUACCAGACAUUCAUAGACUAUUGCUGCAAGGCGUUCAAUUAUCUUCGUCGUAAUUACAGUAUUCUUACCAAUCUACUCAAGAUAAUGGCCUGCUCUGACAUCUCUGGCAUGAAUAUCGAAUCUUUGAACUUUGUGGAGAAGAACUUGAUGCUUGAGCUGAGCGAGACUGAUGCAGUGAUACAGUUCACGCAGCUAAUAAAU